AUGGCGACUCUGGGGUGGCCCCCCAGUUGCAGGCUCUCCGCACCCGCCUCGCCUCCCAAGCCCGGGCCGCGCGCUGCUGCCCGCCCCCCUGGCUCCCGGGGCGCCCCCCGCGCGCCCCCGCGCGCCCCGCCCGCCCCGCGGCCGCCCCACCCCACCCCCGGCGCGCGCGAGCGCGAGCGCGCGCUCCCCGGGAUUGCUGCGCCGUCUGCGCGCCGCCACCUGCUCCGAGGUCGGUCCCGCCCCGCUGUGCCGAGUCGGCACCUCCCGGGACCUCGGGCCGCCUGGCGGCCUCCGGAUCCUUGCUUGGGUCGCUCGGCUCGCUGCUGCCCACGGGUGCCAGCAGCAUCCUCCCUCCGCCGACUGUGUGCGCGGUCCCUCAGGCCACACUCGCAGACUUUUCCGAGUCUUGUGAAGCUGGUGCCUACUACUGUAGUCCCUGCCGAUCGCGAAGAUUCGUUUCACUCCCCCACCGGGCAGAUGAAGAACCAGCGCUCCCAGUCUGCCCGGCUCCAGAACACGCCUCUCUUCCAGGGAGGUGCUCCCUGGGCCUAGACUUCCUCCUCUUCUCUGCACCCGGCUCUCCCCGUCUUUCACUCCCAAACUCGGUGGCACCCUCCGCAACUUCAGUGAGUACUUAAUGGACACCCGCGUUAAAGGCUAGCCUCCCCCAGCUCCUCUGUGCACCCCCAAGCACCCACAGUGGCGCUCCAGACUAUCAGGGUCCUCAGGGAGAUGACACUGUUUAUUACACCCUUCCCCGGAGGAACUUCUGCAUUCUGAGGACGCUAACCUGCUCUCCGCCCAGUGUGCUCGCUAUGCCCCCCCACCCCCAAGACUGCCACUUCUUGAUUACGGGAAUCAGGUUAUGGACUGGGUUUUGCGAUUAAAAGUCAGGCAAUGAUAAGUAACUGGCGGUUGACGUCAUUCGCUGCCGGCUGGUCCCGCAUCCCCCCAUGCGGAAUUCAUGCCUGACUUGAACUGGACACCCAAACCCAAGCGAUGCGGUUUCAGGGUACCGAAGUGCUGCCUUAGCUGUGGCCUUUGAUUUCCCUGUUAAGAUUUUCCGACUUUGGUGUCCUUACCCAGGUCACUUUGUAGUCGGGUCGGGUGUGGGUUUAAGGGACAGGCUUUUGUGUCUGGUACCCCUUGUUUUAACGCUGUAGUCACCGUCUAUUGCAGGAGAGAAAGCUCUUGGGCAAAUUACUUAAUUCUCUGGAUCAUGGUCUCUUUAUCUUUGAACUAACGAAUGCUCACCAGGCUCGUGACCCUGACGGACGAUGGAUGGACAAUGGAUCUGGGGUAACACCCUUUCUCUUUGUUUUCAUGGGAAAUACAGACUAUGAUGUUU